UUUUGCUUUGAGUGCCUCAAAACCAUCCCUCAGCCGAAUCAUUUCGUCCCCUGGCCCUUGCGCCCCUCCACUCUGCUUCUUGGAAGCCAGCAGUUCUGCAGUCUCUUCAGGACGUUGAAUCUGCGUUGUCUCCCGUUAAAUACCGACCGUCUCUCAGAACUGCACCGUUGUGCAGGUUUACUUCUCUUCUCUGCACAGCGAAACCCAACUUAUUAACCAUUGACACUCGAGUGUCUUCUGAGCAGCCAUGGUUUCCUUUUCAUGUGAGGCCUGCGGCGACGUUCUCACCAAGAAGAAGCUUGACCCUCAUCGCAACCGCUGUCGCGGCGCUACCUUCACCUGCAUUGAUUGUAUGGUGUAUUUCCCUGGCGUCCAAUACCGAUCACAUACCAGUUGCAUGACCGAAGAUCAGAAGUACCAAGGUGCACUCUAUAAGGACAAGAAGAACAAGAAACAGAAACACAGUCAUCCCAACGAUAACCAGCAACACUACACCCAGGACCAAGCCAUGGCUGAAGUUCAAACUCUCCCCAACAACACUGGCAACAUGAGCCACUACGCCUACGUUGAGGACGUCCCUGAGGAUCAGUUUGGCUGGGCCGAGUACGAAGAAAGCAGCGAUGAUGAAUCGCCAAACGGCCCGCCCCCGGAGGCUCCUACGCCUCCUUCUGCUGCCCCAGAGCCACAUGUCGAUGUAUUUGAAUUCCUCGUUGGAACCGGCCAAACGCCCAAUGCUUCCAACAUGAAUCUCGACGCGGAGCCAGGCAACUCAUUGGUACGAUACGAACCCAAGGACAAGAGCGACGAAUACGGCUUCAUGGAAGACGACGAUGAACCUGCAGUCGAAUAUGGAAGUGGCCCCGUGCCAGCCGCCGAAUUUGUUACACCCGCUUCGAAAUCUGAGAGACGUAAAAGCCGGACCAGCACUGAGAAGAAGGACAAGAAGCGCAAGCGAUUACAUAUCGAUGUUCCUAGCGACCAGGUUAUGACGGAUGCCCCACCGGUUCUUCACUCAGGACUCACAGGCGGCAUCAACCGUAUGAUGCGCCCUGUAUUCCCCCCAUCCCCCGAUUACUCCGGCGGUGACGCUCCGGAAAUCUCUCCCGCGAGUCCUUUGAAGAAGUCAAAGCACUCCAAACAUUCUAAGCACUCUAAGCACGCCUCUGCUGGUCACAGCCUCUUUGGCAUGAUUGCUGGCAGCAAGCCCAAGUCCAAGUCCAAGACGAAGACCAAGUCAUCAAGCAAAACCAAGAAGAGCUCUUCCUCUUCCAAGAAGUCCCAUAAAGAGAAGAAGCCUCAGCAGCUCAUCGAGUAUCGCCCUCAGAGCAAAGAUGGCAAAACAGACCCCAGCGCUGGACAAGUCGUCCUCUACAAGCCUCGAGCCGAUGUCUUCCUCAGCUUCGUCGACAAGGGUCCUGAGAGUGAGAAGGGCGUCAGCUUAAACAGGGUUCUCAAGCGUUUCCACCGAGAACGUGAGGCUACUGGCAGCGAGCUGGGUAAGGGUAAGGAAGAGAAAGAACUCUGGAGAUCUCUCCGACUUCGACAGAAUGAACAAGGAGAGAUCGUCUUGUUCUCUGUUGAGUGA